AUGUCUUUAUAUGAAGCCUUUAAACCAUCUUUAGUAAAGUUUUUGAAAAUUUCUAAUGAAGAAUUUGAUAAGAUGACUAAAACUUCCGAAAAGGAAUUCCUUGAAUUUGAUUCUUAUUAUGAUUUAAUUCGUGUUUAUGCAAGAAAAUCGGGUGAAGAACUUGAAUUA